GGGCUGCUGGGCAAGGCGGCAUUGUUGCCCGCGUCCAUCACUCCUCGUCCGCGGCUGACAUAAUGAAUGCGCCUGGACACACCUUCCAGCCCGGCGGAGAGGCGCCGCGUCUCCUCAGACAGCCUCGCCGAGCUCUCCUCUCCGCUCCCCACAGCCCUCGGGGAGGCGGCCCGCCAGCCCGCCCGGCCCCAUAGCCCGGCGCCCCGUCCCAGCCCAGUGAGGGGCCGCGGCGGCCGGGCCGGGCUGGGCAGGGCAGGGCAGGGCGAGGAGGGUAGAAGCCCUCGCUAUGCUGCCCAGCGCCCUUUACUGGGACCUGGUGGGCUCCUCGGCUCUCCUCAACCUGCCGGCGGCGCCGGGUUUCGGCAACCUGGGCAAAAGUUUCCUCAUCGAGAACUUACUGCGGGCCGGGGCACCGCCGAGCCCUGCCCAGCUCCGUCCCCUCCCCGCCAACCCCGUGCCCCUCAAGCUGUGCCCCGCGGCGGAACAAAUCAGCCCCUCAGGGGGUCCCUUCCCGGCAAGAUGGGCUUUCCAAGUGCUUAACCCCUCCGCGGCGGACGGCAGCCGCCCGCCAGCGCGGGCCGCGGCGGCGGAGAGAGGCGGCGUCUUCCCGCCGGCAGCCACAGCUCUUUCCAAACACUUUUUUCUCCGAGCCCCGCCAUUCUACUCAACAUGCUGCGGUGGGUCCUGUCAGCACCCUGCAUCCCCCACUGCUUUUCCGCGGGAGGAAAGUGUGCUGCCUCUUCUGACCCAGGAGUCUAACUCCAAAUCCCGGAGAGGCAUAUUAAGAAGAGCUGUCUUUUCUGAAGACCAGAGGAAAGCUUUGGAGAAAAUGUUUCAGAAGCAGAAGUAUAUCAGUAAAACAGACAGGAAGAAACUGGCCCUUAACCUGGGUCUAAAGGAGUCUCAGGUGAAAAUUUGGUUUCAGAAUCGAAGGAUGAAAUGGCGAAACUCCAAAGAAAAGGAAGUGCUUUCUAACAGGUGCCUCCAAGAAGAAGGUCUUCAGGAGAACUACCUCUCACGAUCCACCAUGAAUUUUACCUCCCCAUGCCCGUCUGUGUGGGAAGUGUCUGAAAAGCAGGCAAGUCCAAGGUGGAGAGAGACUUCUCCAGGAAAUUCGGAAAGACUGACCAGUACCCAACCACCUCCUAGAGCAAAUUCAUCACAGAGCCCACUGUAUUUGUAUCCUGACCAAGACAAUGCAAACAAGGCAUCAUCAAGUGCAAGGGAGUAGGGGCAGUUUGUAAAUGGAGUGGGAGARCGCAGGCUUCAGAUGAGCAGUCUUUUAAAAUUAACAAUAUUUGAUUGUAAAGCUAACUAGUUUGUGCUUCAAAAAUAUGCUAAAAUCUAACACCAUUAAAAUUGCAAACAGCUAAUGACUUAAGAAGUAUUCUUCAAUUCUCAGUCUUUUCUUGUGUCUUUUCCAGUCUUGUACUGACCUUAAAAGUAAAAUAGGAACUGAUGGAAAGUAAAAUUAAGUGAAGACCAUGAAGCUGAAUUUGUGCUCUGAUUUAUCACAUCUGCGUGGUGUGAUGCUCAUUAAAAACACACUAAUAGAGAAUCACUUUGAUCUUAUAUCUGUCUGUAGUCAGACAAAUUCCUUUUUUUAUGCAGAGGGUAAGAAGCACUCUGUUUAUUCAAUACAGUGGUUUUGGGUUCUUUUUGAAAUUCAUGGAAUAACACAUAAGCGUUUUUGGUUUGUUUUCUGUGUCUGUCCCCAUCUAUGUCAGUAUUCGAUUAGCCUUAAAUAGUAUGAUCCCAGAUCAGCUGAUAGCUGUGGUAAAGUAUGCAAUAUUAAAGGGCAACCAACAUACUCUAUCAAAUAUUCCAUGUUUAAGUAACUUUGAUGAGGGUAUGAAUGCGGAAAUACAGUUCACUCACUUGUCUUUUCUCCCAUGGAUGAAUCUUUCAGCAUUCUUAACUCCGAAUUUCAGUGUCUUUUGUUGGGCUGCAUGUGGAAUCUUUYGUAUUUCAAAACUACAAUGACAGUAUGCAGAACUGUAACCAAAAUGCAUUUCGCAACAGACCCAUAACUGGAAUAAUUGCUACUGCAGCCAUUUCAGAAAAGUACAUAUGGAGAUGGGCAUAGCAUAGUAGUCUUAUUCCUGACUUAGUCCUUUUUAAGCUGGUGCCAGUAAGGACACAUGGGACUGUAUCAAAGGCAUGGGACUGUAUCAAAGGCAGGACAGUAUUCUGUGUAAUACAAGUAGUCUCAAAUUAUAUUAUUAAAGCUACUUAAAAUUAUUUACUUGCUUAAUCAAAUUUAAAGAGCUCAGUCUGUGAAUUUAAGUGUAUCUUUCUUUGUCUUAUUUGCAAAUCUUUAUAGCUUAAAAUGGGAGCAUAAUAUUGGUUUUCUUUUUUGUACAUUUAUGGAUGCCUUUGUUAAGAAGAAAGGCUAAAGAUAUUUUAUUUUACAGGCAAAACCUUUUGGAGAACAUUAUGGUUUUAUAGGGACUAUUUGCUUUCUGGCAUUCAUAUAUUUUAUAGGCAUAAGAUUAYGCUAAUCUAGUCCAGCUCUUCUCAUCAUACAGGCCUUGAAUGUUUCUGAUUAUACUUGGCUUGAUCUCCAAAUCUUUUGAACUGUAUUGUACAUCUUUGAAAAAGCCAUACAGUUGUUGUGGAGUAAAUUGUUAUUUAGUGUUUUACCUUAUAAYAGAGGAUCUGCUAUUCUGCUUGUUACAUUGUGUUAUC